AGAAUACCAUCUUGAAUGUGGUAACAACAGAAGGCUCAUACUGCUCAGAAUCACAAUGUCUGUGAGAGAAGACUGAAGGAAUUUUACCUAAGGUCUAUGAAGCCAUCCUUUUAAUGAUUUAAAUGACUUUGGCUCAUCAUCAGUGUCAACAAUGAAGGGAUUAUCAAGUAGUCGAAGUCAUCAUCAUGCGGUCGCAUGUGACCCAUCUUAUGAAUCUCUUGCACAUCAUUCAGACCGAAAGCCAUAUUUAUUAAAUCCAGUGGAUACUCAUCCUGCUGAUCAUCCUUACUAUGCCCAAAGGAACUCUUUUCAGACAGAAUGCAUGAUACCCUAUAAUGAACAACUUGCAAGCAGUACAUUCCCCAGGAGACAUUACAAUUCCCAUCAUGAACUUAAGGAAGAAUGUGCUGUGGUGCCACAUGUGGUGCCAAACAAGGUAAACCGUGUUCCAACAAACCUUUUAGACCAUUUUGAACACCAGAUCCCAGUAAGCCGUGAUGGUUACCAUACCCUCCAAUAUAAAAGGACUGCAUUGGAGCACCGUAGUGACAGUCCUGGGAGGAUACGACAUUUAGUACAUUCUGUGCAAAAGCUCUUUACAAAGUCUCACUCCCUUGAGGGUCCUUCUAAAGGGAGCAUAAAUGGUAACAAGGCAAGCUCUGAUGAACUUCAUGGUCUUAAACAUGGCAAGCGCAGUAAGAGCAAGGACAGGGGUAAGCCAGAGGCUAAACCUCGGACAAACAUCUCAGGCUGGUGGAGUUCUGAUGACAACUUGGACAGUGAUGUCUGCCUUUAUCAUGGGCCUUCUGCUGUCAUGACAAUGGGUAGAUGUCCAGAUCGAUCUGCCUCCCAGUAUUUUAUGGAAGCCUACAAUACUAUUAGUGAACACACCCUAAAAACAUCAAGGAGCAAUAAUGAUGUAAAAUGUACUACCUGUGCAAAUAUACCCAUUAACCUGGAUGCACAACUUAUGAAGAAAAGCGCAUGGUCCUCAACUCUUACCGUGAGCAGAGCACGUGAAGUCUACCAGAAGGCCUCUGUAAAUAUGGAUAAAGCGCUAAUGAAGUCUGAGGCUUGUCAACAGGAGCGAUCAUGCCAAUAUUUACAGGUCCCUCAGGAUGAAUGGAGUGGCUUCUCACCUCUUGGAAAAGACGAUGAAAUCCCAUGCCGCAGGAUGCGUAGUGGAAGUUACAUCAAGGCAAUGGGGGAUGACGAUAGUGGGGACUCUGACACCAGUCCUAAACCCUCUCCAAAGAUUGCAGCACGAAGAGAAAGCUACCUGAAAGCCACCCAGCCUUCACUGACUGAACUGACAACUCUCAAGAUAUCAACAGAGCACUCUCCAAAACUACAGAUCCGAAGUCACAGUUACCUUCGGGCAGUAAGUGAAGUUUCUAUCAAUAGAAGCCUCGACAGCUUGGACCCAGCAACACUGCUCACUUCGCCAAAGUUCAGAUCGCGAAAUGAGAGUUACAUGAGAGCUAUGAGCACUAUUAGCCAGGUGAGUGAAGUGGAAGUCAAUGGCCAAUUUGAAUCUGUCUGCGAAUCAGUGUUCAGUGAGCUGGAGUCCCAAGCGGUGGAUGCCCUGGACUUGCCAAUGCCAGGCUGCUUCCGCAUGAGAAGUCACAGUUACGUGAGAGCCAUUGAGAAGGGCUGUUCGCAGGAUGAUGACUGUGUGUCGCUACGCUCAUCUUCCCCACCUCGCACAACUACAACUGUGAGGACAAUUCAGAGCAGCACUGGUUUUCGACCACCUAUCCUGGCAGCAGCAGCAGCUACAAGGCAGGAACCAACACUGAAUGGGACAUCAAUCCACCACAGGGCACACACACGCACAGUGUCAUCAUGCAUAACCACAUACAAGAAGACGCCUCCUCCAGUUCCCCCAAGAACAGCAACAAAGCCCUUCAUCUCCAUUACAGCUCAGAGCAGCACAGAAUCUGCUCAGGAUGCCUAUAUGGAUGGCCAAGGACAAAGAGGAGACAUCAACAGCCAGUCUGCCCUGAGUAACUCGACAGAGAGUAUAGACAGUAUGAAAGCCUUAACAGCUGCUAUCGAGGCAGCAAAUGCACAGGUUCAUGGCCCAGCCAGUCAGCAUGUGAGCAACAGCACAAUCACCAUUACCUCUACAUCCGCUAUGAUGAGUGACAAAGGUGGACAUACCUCUGAGGACUCCAAGAGAGAUGUACUUCGCAAGAGCAAGUGCUUGUCCAUUGGAAUACAGGUGGACGGACCUGAAGAUUCAGCUGAUUUUGAGAACAAUUCAUUCUCAAACAAGUUCCAGUCGGUGGGAGUCCAAGUGGAGGAAGAGAGGUGUUAUCGAAGAUUCACCCGAUCCAACAGUGUUACGACGGCAGUCCAAGCUGACCUGGACACCCAUGAGAUCUUAGAUGGACCAUUAAAUUCUCCAGAAAUAGACCAUCCCACCUCCAGCUCCAUAUCUAGACAAUAUUCCCGGGAUGCCAGCACUUCUACUGUCAGCAUUCAGGGCUCAGGGAACCAUUACCAUGUCUGCGCUGUAGAUGAUGACUUUGCUGGCUUUGACCCUUCUAUCUUACCACCACCAGACCCAUGGAUUGACAGUGUUACCGAUGACCAUAUGGAGGUAGUUCAGAGGUCCGUGUGCCAUAGAGAUGGACGCUGGUUUCUAAAGCUUCUCCAAGCAGAGACUGAUCGGAUGGAAGGCUGGUGCCAGCAGAUGGAGAGGGAGGAACGAGAGAAUGACUUGCCUGAUGAAAUUUUAGGGAAGAUCCGAAGUGCAGUGGGCAGCGCCCAGCUGCUGAUGUCUCAGAAAUUCCAGCAGUUCCGGGAGCUGUGUGAAGAAAACUUGAACCCCAUUUCUCACCCUCGGCCGACUUCUCAGGAUUUAGCGGGAUUCUGGGACAUGCUGCAGUUGUCCAUUGAGAAUAUCAGCAUGAAGUUUGACGAACUGCAUCAGCUGAGAGCCAACAACUGGAAGCACUUGGCUCUUCCUGAAAAGAAGGAGAGAAGAAUGCCUCCACCAGUGCCAAAGAAGCCACCAAAAGGUUACCCACCCCUGGUGAGGGACCGGUCUCUGGAAAGCACCGAAAAGCAGCGGCAAGAGGCACGGAAAAGGCUGAUGGCAGCCAAGAGGGCUGCCUCAGUGCGGCAGAACUCAGCUACAGAAAGUGCAGACAGCAUUGAGAUUUACAUCCCAGAGGCGCAGACCAGACUCUGAGCCACCCAGAGCAGUACGUCAGUUAACAUGCACACCGUCCCUUUCUCACAUGCAC